GAUCAGCAGCCGCCAGGGGAGAUCCACUUAAUCUUUAGCCAGAGGCUUGGCUUUCGGGAAUCCACCAUAAACAGGCGUGGAGUUUGUCAGACUAAUGUCGCCGUUGCUGUAAUAAUACACAAGGAAAACACAAGAAUGUUUUUCCCCUUCUCUUGGAUCCCGGAGAUCCUUCCUAUUGAAUCCAAUCCAAUUGACUGCUUUUUUCAAGGUGUUGUUGCUGCAUGUGGAAUAUCAGUGCUGUGCAGCCUGAUGAGAGUGUACUACUUCACUCAAAUAUGCGGUGAUUCUGAAACAGAGAACAAGGAGUCAAAACGCCCCCUUAGCGGCCAUUGGAGAUCAUUAGUCCACUUUUGGGCUUUGACUGGCAUCCUGUCUUUGAUUGGCCCACGGGUUUCUUCUCUGAUCGUUCUGGAAUUUUCCCUGCGAGCCGUUUCUGCCUGGACAUCCGCACGCCUGGAUGCUGGUGACAGAGGCCUAGGACUUGUCCUCAUCCAGAGCCACUUUUCCCUGGGUUGCAGCAUCACCUGUACUCUAUACUUUCUCCAUCAGGGAGCGCCGCACAGCUCCAUAAGCUUGUUCCUGGCCGCCGCCUUCAGUUGGGCGCUGGCAGGCUGUUGCAAUUCUCUGUGGAGUCACGUGGCCCGACUCUACCCAUUGCACAGUACUGAGCGCUACUGUGGGAGGUGCAUCACUCUCCUGUCCUCAGGACACACCCUGCUGGCCUUUCUGCAGAGACUGGUUGUCUUGGUGUUUGCCGUGGCGGUGGUGGCCUCCUUCUCCACAGUUUAUGACCACUUCCUUUCCCACAAGGAAGCGCUUAAGUUUUGGACUCCCCUCACACUUUGUUACACAAUGCUGGUGGUAUAUAAUCAAGAGGAUCAACAACGUCAGAUGGGCACAGACACCCUGUUGCAUACUGUCGUGCUGCGCUUGGGGUCCCUGCUGGUGCUAAUGCUGACAAUGGGAAACUGGUCCGACGUACUCCACGUCCUCGUCACUUUCCUGGGAGAAGCCGUCUGCCUCCUGUUCUCUCAAGAUCUGCUGCAGUUUGCGUUAAUGGAAGAAGAGGACACCAACAUGACCAAAUAUGGACAAGGCUCCAGUUACAGAAAGAGGGAGCAUCCGACUAAGACACCAUCAAAAAGCAGAUGAUAAUUGAAGUCUAAUUCCAAUACAAAUCAUGUUUAUUAUAAAUGACAAGACUUAUUCCCACAUUAUGGCGAGCUUCUCGUUUUUACUUACAUCAACUAUUAGGACAAAAAGUAAGUUUACUUUUGGCCCUGCUGCUAUGUGUGGGUCGGUCCAUGCGGUAUUCAAAACACCCAUCCAUCCAAUUUCAUGAGUGCUCAUCCUCAUUAGGAUCACGAAUGAGCACAACUGACUGUGUGAGAUAUGGGAGACAAUAAGGACAUUCUUAAAAUUGCUGAGUUGAAAGUAACCCAAAUUGGGUGAAAUAGCUAACCGAGAGCUGGGUCCAAAAGGGACAGCGCCGAUGCUGGGCUAUUUAUACCCAACGCAUUUAGUUGAGCACGUUGAGUCAAGAUUUGGAUCCAACAAGUGGUAAAAACUACCAAUUGUGAUGAGUUAAAACUACUGAGAAAUGGUUUAUAAGGUUAUCAGUAUGGUUGUGUUAAAAAUAAUACACAAGAAUUUUUUUUACCAACAUUUUCUAACAAGAGCAAGCAAGUUUCCCAUGUCAGGAGACACCUCAGCAAUUAUGAUAUUUCCAUGGGUGGGUCAUUUAACCUGACUGGGACUUGAACCCCAAUUUCUGUGUCCAAAGUGGUGGUACCCAAUGAGCCAUUCUAGCUCAACCAAUGUUGACAUGUUUAUUUAUUGUAAAAGAAUGUUGCAUUAUAUUUGCACACCCAUCGAUAAUGGCGACCAGCUCCAGCCCACCCAAAUCCAAUCGUCAACCCAAUCAGCUGGGUCCAUACAAUUAACCCAAUCUACUCAAAAUACAAAGAUACCUAGCAAGUGGGUUAAGAAAACAACCCAUCUUUUUUUUUUCCACGUGCAGAUUAUGUUCUGCUCUGUAUGUGCAUGAACCAAAUGGACGUGACAAGACAUGUGCUGAUACCAUGUCAAAUUGAAAAUAUUGUGUAAGGAGGAAGAGGAGAACAAAAAAGAGGCAGUACAGUAUAAAGUACUGACGCGAUGCAGGGAAAUUAUUGUAAAGUUACUGGAAAGCCCUGUGGAUGUGCCAAAAGAUAGCACAGGUAUCUGACGUGGUGUCUUUCUGAUGGAAACGUCAUAUACUUUAUGGCACUAGCUUUCAUAAAAAGGUGGAAGUAUGAAUUGCA